AAUCAUAGAUUCAUAGACAGUGGAGGAGAAGAAAAUCUAAAAACAGGAAAAAUUAGUAGAAAAAGAUUGUAAUUAAAGGGAAAAAAAAGCUUGUAAAAAGAAGGAAAAAAAAAUCCCAAAUAAUGGAGGAGAGCCAUUGGAUAUUGCAGAUGAGAGUGAGAGAGAGAGAGAGAGAGAGAGAGAGAGAGAGAGAGAGAGAGAGGCAUGGAGAAUCCCAAUGCUCAGUCUAUCAGACAUCACAGCCUAGUCUUCACACCCUCUUGUCACCAAUUAUGCUAUUGCUACUAAACUAAUCCCUGCUUCUUUCUCUUUUUCCUACAACACACGGUCCUCUUGCAUCUUCUACUCCCAUCAAACUCUCUUCUUCUUCCUCUUCUUCUUCUUCCCCGAACCAACUGAACCCAUGAUCUGAAAUUUGAUACCCAAUCAACAACCAUUGCCUUUUUUUUAUGGUCAUCAACAAAAAACCCAGAUCGCAUAAUCACUCUCUGAACCCAAAUUUCAUGAGAGAGGAUCGAACUGAAAUGUCUGAAGACGACGACCGAUCGCCGCCUUCUGAUUCUGUUACCACCACUGAUUCGUGUUUCAGCAAGACCCAGACUCGUACUUCUGGUUCUACUUCUGGGUCUGGACCCAGUUCUGUACCUGAAUUCCAAGCUCCCUACCCUGACCAAGUCCUGGAAAAUGUCCUCGAGAACGUUCUCUGCUUCUUAACCUCUCGGCGCGACAGAAACGCCGCGUCAUUGGUCUGCAGGUCGUGGUACCGUGUUGAGGCGCUCACCCGAUCCGAACUCUUCAUUGGGAACUGCUAUGCCCUCUCCCCUCGACGCGCCACGUCGCGGUUCACCCGAAUCCGAUCCGUAACACUGAAGGGGAAACCCCGUUUCGCCGAUUUCAAUCUUUUGCCGCCCACUUGGGGAGCCUACUUCGCGCCUUGGGUUUCUGCCAUGGCUAAGGCGUACCCGUGGCUCGAGAAGCUUCACCUAAAGCGCAUGACCGUGACGGACGACGAUCUCGCGCUUCUUGCAGAGUCCUUUUCCGGGUUUAAGGAGCUCGUGCUUGUGUGUUGUGAUGGUUUUGGUACUAGCGGGCUCGCUUAUGUUGCUAGCAAGUGCAGACAACUGAGAGUGCUUGAUCUGAUUGAAUCUGAGGUAUCAGAUGAUGAAGUUGAUUGGAUAUCAUGUUUUCCAGAGAGUGAAAUGUGUCUCGAAUCUCUGAUUUUUGAUUGCGUCGACUGCCCCAUCAAUUUUGAUGCAUUGGAGAGGCUGGUUGCGCGGUCACCUUCACUGAGGAAACUCAGGUUGAACCGAUCUGUUUCAAUUGGCCAGCUACACCGAUUGAUGGUACGAGCUCCACAACUCACACAUCUUGGGACAGGAUCAUUUCGACCAUCAGAGGAUGUGGCUCACGGUGAACAAGAACCAGAUUAUGUAUCUGCAUUUGCUGCUUGCGAAUCCUUAGUUUGCCUAUCUGGCUUUAGGGAAAUCGUUCCAGACUACUUGCCAGCAAUUUACCCAGUUUGUGCCAAUCUCACUUCUCUGAACUUAAGCUAUGCAAAUAUCAAUGCGGAGCAGCUUAGACCCAUAAUACGCAAUUGCCAUAAGCUUCAGAUUUUGUGGGUCCUUGAUUCAAUAUGUGAUGAAGGACUUCAGGCUGUGGCUGCAACAUGCAAGGAACUCCAUGAGUUGCGGGUUUUCCCUAUUGAUGCAUGUGAGGAUAGCGAAGGCCCUGUUUCUGAAGUUGGUCUCCAAGCAAUUUCGGAGGGUUGUAGAAAGCUUCAAUCUAUUUUAUAUUUUUGCCAACGGAUGACAAAUGCAGCUGUUAUAGCAAUGUCAAAGAACUGCCCAGAUCUUGUUGUGUUCCGUCUUUGUAUAAUGGGACGUCACAGGCCAGAUCAUGUCACUGGAGAACCUAUGGAUGAAGGAUUUGGAGCCAUUGUCAUGAAUUGUAAGAAUCUCACUCGGCUUGCUGUAUCAGGUUUAUUGACUGAUAGAGCUUUCAGUUAUAUUGGAAGAUAUGGGAAAACAGUAAGGACCCUGUCUGUUGCUUUUGCUGGGGAUAGUGACAUGGGGCUGAAGUAUGUGCUUGAGGGCUGCCCCAGAUUGCAGAAGCUUGAGAUUAGAGAUAGUCCAUUUGGGGAUGCAGCCUUGCUUUCUGGUCUGCAUCACUAUUACAACAUGAGAUUCCUUUGGAUGUCUUCCUGUAAGUUAACUUCUGGUGGUUGCCAGCAGAUUGCUCGAGCUUUGCCCCGUCUGGUAGUGGAAGUGAUUAAUGAUGAAGCUGAUGAAGACAUGGGUAAUUUUGUUGAUAAGUUAUACAUGUAUAGAUCUCUUGAAGGGCCAAGAGAUGAUGCACCAAAGGUUGUUUCCAUCUUGUAGGCAUUUGCACUGCAGGAAGAUGUAUCAGAUAUUCUUAUUUUGGCUAUUGGACAAGUGGCAAGCAUUUUUUUUCUUUUUGCGGGAAUGUUGAAUUCAGGAAGAACUGGUUAUAUUAGCCCGCAAGGUCUAUAAUUUUUGUUGGAGAAAGUUGAGUAAACAACUUCUGCCCUUGUCCUGUGAUGUUACGUAUGGCAUUCAAAGCAGAAACUCUAUGAAGGACCACAAUUAUUUUCUUUGCUUUGGUUCUUGAGGAGGACUCGAUCAAGAAGGGGCUAAUGAAGAAGAUAGAUCUCUCUGUAACAAGUAGACCACUUGAUCUUGUUUGUAUUCAGAUGCUUCUAAAUUUUUAUGUUUCUUUUCCGUCAUACUCAUUUGAUCAUAAACGAGAAGGCUGCCAGAGAAAAGGGAUGGAAGGCACAUUUUGGGGUUUGGGGUGGGGUGGGGGGUGUGGGUGGUGGUGGUGGGGGGAGGUGGGGGUGUGGAGAGAAGAUAAUUUUCUAUCCUUUGUUAUGAAGAAAAUCAAGAUCGGUUGAAAUUUGAAAUGAUGUUGGAAAUGUGAAGGAACUUUUCUUUCACCAUAAUGCCAUCAGCAGAGGAGAAUCCAGAGAGCAAAAUUAAGGAGCAAGCAUUCACCUUUUAGAAGAAAUGGAUCUUAUUUUUUAUUCAAAUGGUAGCUAGUCCGAGUUGAAGCUGGUGACUGGUGAGAACUAUAUCCCAGAUUGAUACACCUCCCUCUCUCUCUCUCUCUCUCUCUCUCAACGUUUGUUUUCUUAAGAUGUGAUGUUGUAGCACCUGACUGUUGAAUUUAUUAUUGUUAUUGUUAGCCAAUGUUGAGAUAGGUCAUAAAUGCUAAAUAUUCAUAUGUGAAUGGACCAUAAUACUUCAGAA